AUGGAGCCCAUCACCUUUACAGAGGUCGAUUGUAUAGGCAUCCGUUUCCCUCACGACGACCCCUUCGUCAUCUCUGCUCUUCUAUCCAAUUACAAAGUCAGACGGGUGCUUGUCAACAACAGCAGUUCCUCAGACAUUAUCUUUUUGAAUGUCAAUCGCCAGCCCAAGGUCGAGGAAGAAAGUUUGUCGCCUCUCCAAACCCCACUGGUCGGCUUCACUGGGGAUCGAGUGACCUCCAUGGGUUCCAUCGAUCUUUCCAUCACUAUCGGAGAGUAUCUGCGGCAGACCACCAAGUUGGUCACUUUCCUCGUCGUUGACUAUCUCUCUGCUUAUAACAUCAUCCUCGGUAGCACUGCCCUUAACGCCUUUCAAGCUAUCAUAUCCACAUACCAUCUGGCCAUGAAAUUCCCUACCGACCUCAGGGUUGGCACCGUAAGAGGAGAGCAGACUGUGGCCAAAGAAUGCUACGUCGCUUCUCUCAAAGAGGUCAAGCUGAAGAAGGCUAUGAUCAUCAAAGGCCUCGACGUCAAAGAUGAAAACGAAUUAGUUAGAGGGGAACCAGUGGAAGAACUUGUUGAGGUCCCCAUCGACCCUUUCAACCCAACAAAAACGGCCAAGAUUGACGCCAACUAUCCUCCCAAGCCAAAGCCGACCUUACAGCUCUCCUCAUCGAACACAACGAUGUGUUUGCCUGGACCCAUUCCGACAUGUCGGGUAGACAAACUACUGGAGGCACGGUUUGUCAAGAACGUGAACUACUCCAGAUGGCUGUCCAAUGUGGUCCUGGUCCGUAAAAAUAAUGGAAAAUGGCGACUUUGUGUCGACUACUCCAACCUUAAUCGAGCUUGCCCCAAGGAUAGUUACCCUCUCCCCCGCAUCGAUCUGCUCGUCGAUGCCACUGUCGGCCAUCAGAUGCUCAGUUUCAUAGAUGCCUUUUCCGGUUAUAAUCAAAUUCUGAUGCACCCGGCUGACUAG